CGCCGUUUUCUUACAUGAAGUAAUACGUGUUCGUGUGUAUUGUGUUAUGCAAUGUGUAAUACUGGAAACGGUGAUGGUGAUAAAUCACAUGUUACUUGUCCAAAUUUUUUUCAAGAAAAAUGUACAUUAGGCUUUGGUUGUACGUCGUAUUUCUAACACAUUGAAAUGAAUUUCGUCUCCAACUUAGACCAACAGACAAUCUGGUUUAUCUUGGACGACAUUACUCAAUAUUUAGGAGGAUAUAGAAACGUUUUGGCCUUGAUUGGAACUGCGUUUGUGAUAAAGAAACUUUCUCUCUUUGUCUUUCAUUUUCUUAAAUCUCUUCGAAUAUACUUCAUUUCAAAAUUAUUCACCAGAACUAACUUCAAAAUAAUAGGAGGAAAAUGGGCAGUAAUAACUGGUGCAUCAGAUGGUAUUGGAAAAGCAUUUGCUUAUGAGUUGGCUAAUCUGAAGUUCAACAUUGUUAUGUUGAGUCGUACUGAGUCAAAGCUUCAGGACAUAGCAUCAGAUUUGGAAAAGAAGUUUUUCAUCCAGACAAAAGUAGUUGCAGUUGAUUUCAGUGAUGAUUCUAUAUAUGAGGAUAUUAAAGUUCAAAUUAAUGGACUUGACAUUGGAAUUUUGGUCAAUAAUGUUGGGACGCAUCAUGGAUUUCCAAGUUUCUUUAUGGAUGUACCAAAAAAGAAACUACACGAAUUAAUCAACGUUAACAUGACAAGUUUGACUAUGAUGACUCAACUAAUUUUACCAGGGAUGGUGAACAGGAAGAGAGGAGCAAUAAUCAACCUAUCCUCAAGUGCUGCUCAAUAUCCCACACCUCUAAUUACAGUGUAUUCUGCUACCAAGGCAUAUGUUGAGUAUUUUUCUCAAGGCUUAUCAAUAGAAUAUGCAAAGGACAACAUCACAAUACAGUGUCUUCAACCUUUUUACGUGUCUACAGCAAUGACAUAUCAUGUCACUCCAAACAUAUUUGUUCCUACUGCUGAAAGUUAUGCAAGAAAUGCAUUAGCCACACUACCUUAUGCAAGAAAAUGUUGUGGACACUAUUCUCAUGGUAUACAGGCAUGGUUAUUAAGUUUCUGUGGAGAAUGGUUAUGGCUUAGAGGAGCAUAUUACUGGAAUCUUGCUGUAAAGAGAUGGCUUGCAUCCACACAUAUUGACUAAAUGUUUAUGGAUAAGAGGAAUAUAUUAAUGAAAUCUUGUUUUACAGAAAUGGCUUACUUCCACUAAUGUUGAAAAAUGGUUUUGGAUGAGAGGAACACAUUACUGAAAUCUUCUUUUAUAAAAAUGGCUUAAAACCACUCUGUUAUGUUAAAUAAUAGAAGAAACAAACACUUUAUAAAAAAGGACAGAUCAAUUUUGUACAGACUAAAGUAAGACAAAGUAUCGUUUAUGAAGCAAAAUUACCUAAGACAUUCUUACUAUGUUUAUUGAAAGCCACAUCUUCCUCAGACAGCUUGAGCUUCGCCUUUGCCUGCAGCUAAAGGAAAGGUUUUAAUGAGUAUCAUAAAUGUGAAAACUAACUUGCAGUAAACAGCACACAUAAAGAGAUGUGAUAGGAUUUGAUCAUGUCUUGAUAAGAGCAA